AACAGUGGGGGCUCAACAAAAGCAGCGGAUGUAGCAGGUUCUUAGGCAAGGCCCCCACUGAUGAGAGCCUCUGGCUGUGGGCCAGGCUCAGGUAGCCACAGAAAGCUCACAGCACAGCCCCCAGCUGAACCGCAAGCCUCUGCCCCACCGUCCCCACCUCAGAGCAAAGAAGAAACUUGAAGCAGACGCUGCUCCCCAAAAGCAGUGCCCCAAAAUAUGCUGGGGCAGGCACCAUGGGCAAGGCUGUCUCCUUCUGGCCCUGCCGUCCUGCUGCUGGUGAUCUGUGGCAGCAUGAGCUCCCAGGACAUCUGCAGCUCCCCAGGGGAUCUUCCAGCUCCUGCUUUCCAAAUGAACUUAACUUCUGCUCAGCCAGGUACCACAGUUGUGCUCCAGUGUAUUCUCCAUGUGUUUUCACAUACAAGACGAAUCAUCUUCUGCAAGGAUGGGAAGGAGGUGUACAGCCAGGAAGCCCAGCAAGGGCAGCUGAGCUACUUCACAGUCCUGAACAUCACGUCAAGAAGCGCAGGAAGAUAUACAUGUGGGUACCAGCAGAGGAAUGAGAUGAAACAGAGGAGGAGCUCUGCCCUCAGUGCUGGCCGCAUCCUGAAUGUCCCUGUUGCAGCUGCUGGCGUGACCACCCAGGACAUCGGCAGCUCCCCAGGCAAUGUGGUGAGUUCCCCAGCAAGUCCAUCACCCCCAGCUCCACAUGCCCGGAUCCCGCACACCCUCCCCACAGGCAUGGCGCUGGCAGUGGCGGCCAUCGGCCUUGUCCUCCUGGCUGCAGGCAGCUGGUUUGCCAUCAGGAAAGGUGCCUGCAGAGGGAGAUGCCCAAGGCAGCAGCACGUUGACAGCCCACAGACAGAAGACACCAACUAUGGUGACAUCCAGUACUCCACCAUCGCCCAUGUUCGACGGGACAGGCCUCCUCCCAUGCAGCAGAUGAGCGACACCACAACGUAUGCCACGGUGACCCGCACCCAGACCCGAUAGCACUGCCACAGGGCAAGGGCACAGGAGCUUUGCCCAUGUUUGCCUUCACUGUCUUGUAGGAAGCUCUUGCAACCAUACCGUUGGGCUGGGGGGGUGCACUUCGGGGUUCUUUUUUUCUUCUGUCACAGGGAAAGGCUGUGUGUGCCUAGCCAAGAUGUUGAAGGAUUCAUAUCUCAGUUUGCAAUAAAUCAAUACCUCUAAAAUAUAUCAGGUGUACCAAGUAAUAUUGUGAGUGUAUCAAUGGUUAUUCCUCAUGUGAAACCAUCUCCCUGUGCUCACUGGAAAUUAUGUAUUCCUAAACUGCAUGAUAAAGUCACAGGGCUGCUCUU